AUGACCCUUCGAAAUACGCUAGAAUAAGCCCGCAAAACUACGAAUAUGUUGCAUCAUUCGAGCUUCAUGCGAGCCCCUCUCUUGGACGGCGUGCCCUCCCGGCCGAAAAAGGGGGAAGAUGUACCCCCUUUUUUCCAAAUGAUUCACGUUCGUUCAGGUUCAUACCCGUUUCGGUGCACGGUCGCCCGCUGAUAAAAAUGCUUGUCCAUUGCGCAAGUGCGGCCAUCCGUCUUGGCAAUACACCAUACACCCCCCCAAUCGGCAUUAGAGUUCAUUCAUGGAAAGUGGAUAUAGCAGACGUCGCGAAUUCCGAACGAGUGUGCCCUCGCAACGAUGUGUGUGUGUUGUUGUGUUGGUGAGACGAUCGCGACCUAGUAUUACGGGCAUAAAAGUACCUUGCCGCAGCAAGCGCUGAUUCAUUGUGCUUCGAACAACCGGAACAGAGCGCGAGAGUGUAGCAAUCUUUGUCGGGUGGGCGCGCGUGCUUGUGUUUGUCUCGUCCGCGAGUUUGAAAGUGUUUUGCCAAUUCGAAAGCUAACAGAAUAGACAUUUCCAAUUGAAGACGAACUGUGCACGGGUGUGAAGUGUGUUUGCCAAAGAUAACAAACGGCACCUUUCUCGUUUGUUUAGCGAGAAGAGAGAACGAGUUGCAAUUGCAAGCGCCAAGUAGUAGGCCAUCAUCCAGCGCCAUUUCACAACCUUGCCCAACGGAGAGCGUGCGCCCGUUUGAGCUUGGACUACUUGGGGUGGAAGGGUGAAAGUAGACGGCAUUCCAGAGAAGGUGGUGCAUCACGUGCUUGUGCGUGUGUGGACGAACUGGCAUCCACGUCUGGCAAUCAUCAGUCAAAGCGUACCAUGGUCCUGAAGGCAUCGGAUGAAGGAAAGACGAUGGAGUCGAACGGUUUCCACACGGUCGGGAUAGGGUCGAGCGCAAGGAAGGCACUGCUGAGCGCGCUGGAGGAUAAGCGGCUAGUAGUUGGGUUGGCCAGUGCCGUACGCAGCUUGGCUGCCAAUCCGGAGCUGUACAAUUUUUGCUUUCUGGCACCGUUUGACGACCACGGUGAGAGUGGUAGCCACAUGCAGGAGGUGCUGCUGGAAGCGUUCUGUCUCGAGCACGACAUCUACAUUAUACGGGUCGACAGUGCGGACAAAUUGAGCCGUUUGGUGCAGUCUCCGGUUGUGGCGUCCUGUGCGCUGGUACGCAAACUGCCACCGAAAAUGCUACGUAGAAUGAGCAGCGCCUUCCGACGAUCUGAAAGCAUCCUAAUCGAGCACUGUGAGCUGUACUGGGACGAACCACACAAACCCGUUAUCAAAUUGCCCGAAAAGUGAGCAACACAUUCUCCCGUGUGUUUUGUGAAACAAGAGGACGUCCUUUAGAAAGCCAGAGCGCAACAACGAGCGACCUUGCUUGUGCUGUAGAAUGGCAAAUAUUCUCCACUUACCUAAGAG